CAACAUAAGUACGAAUCGAUCGGAUUGAAGAUGCCUUUGUCAUUCAGCCUCGUGGCCGUGUACAGCCGCUUCAUCCGGCGCUGCUUCACCGGCGCAGGGCUGUGCUCGCAGGCCCUCAAUGUGGACGACCAAACCACCAUGCACUUCUGGGGGCCCAGAGACAAAACGGCCCAAAAGCCCUCCCUCCUUCUCCUCCACGGCUUUGGGCCUGAGGCCACAUGGCAGUGGCGCCAACAGGUCCAAUUCCUGGCCCCUCACUUCAACGUGUACGUUCCGGACCUAAUAUUCUUCGGAGGCUCCACCACCAAGUCCAGCGAGAGGAGCCAAGUGUUUCAAGCGGCAUGUGUGGGGAAACUUAUGGACAAAUUGGAGGUGGAGAGGUUCCACGUGGCGGGCACCAGCUAUGGGGGUAUGGUGGCUUACAAUUUGGCCCAAAUGUUAGGGAAAGAGAAGGUGCAGAAAGUGGUCAUUGCUAGCUCCGGUGUUAACAUGACAAAGGCCAACAACGUGGCCCUGCUGCACAAGGCCCAAUUGGACAAAAUCGAGGACCUCAUGGCUCCUACUACGCCGCAAAAUAUGCGAAAAUUGAUGUCGCUCUGCAUUCACAAGCCUCCUCCUAUGCUGCCCCAUUUUUUACUCAGGGACUUCCUACAUAAAUUAUACGCAGAAAAUAGGAAGGAAAAAUUGGAGCUUUUAGAAGGGUUAACCAUUGGAAGGGACGAUACUUCAAACGUUUCACCUCUUCAACAGGAGGUUCUCAUACUCUGGGGGGAACAAGACAAGAUAUUUCCUGUGCAAUUGGCCCAUGAACUUAAAGAGGUAAUUAGUGAGAAGGCAAGACUGGAAUUGAUAAAGGAUACAUCCCAUGUGCCUCAAAUGGAAAAGCCAGAAGAAUUCAACAAAAUUCUCCUAAGUUUCUUACAGGAGGAGUCUUCUUGAUGUCGAGUAUUUUUCAGUUAGCAUUGUUGUAUACAUUAAUUGGAUACAUUAUUAUCUUUUAUAUAUGAAA